GUUUGCUGAAGCAACCACCGCCGUCGCCAAAGCCCGAUGAGCAAGGUGUUUCUGGACGUGGACGUCGAUGGGGAGCUCGCUGCCUUCAAGCUGGGCCAGGCCUUUGUCGAGGCCAACGACAUCAAGUACUCCUUGAGCUCCAAGGACGUGCUGGCCCUGGGCGGCUCCGAGAUCUCGCGGCUGCCGGAGCUCUUCGAGUCCGACUACGAGUGGAGCCAGAAGGGCCGAGCGCUGUUCAAGCCCCCGAACCAGCGUGUGGUGAUUGAGCUCUUCGAGAAGGAGAGCCCCAUGGGCUGUACAAACUUCAAGGCCUUCUGCACGGGUGAGAAGGGGAAGUCCAAGGAGUCUGGGAAGGACAUGUGCUAUAAGAACGUGCCCUUCCAUCGGAUCAUCAAGGGCUUCAUGAUGCAAGGCGGAGACUUCGUCACCGGCACCGGCGCCGGUGGGGAGAGCAUCUAUGGCAAGAAGUUUAAGGACGAUGCUGGUGGCUUGAAGCUGAAGCACGACGUCCGAGGCAUCGUCUCCAUGUCCAACACAGGCAAGAACUCCAACACCUGCCAGUUCUUCAUCACAUUCAGUGACCAGAGCAAGCUGAACGGCAAGCACGUGGUCAUUGGCCGUGUGGUUGAGGGCAUGGAGGUCCUGGACCGGGUGGAGGCGGAGUGUGGCACGGAGGGGGAAGGGAAGCCCACCAAGCCCGUGAUGAUCGUGGACUGCGGCGUCGCGUGAGCGGAUGCGGGCGGUGAGAGCACGGAGCUCCAAGGGUCUCGCUCGCGUGGACCGCUGGUCACUUGGGUAUGGGUCAAAAUUAAGCCAC